AUGCCGAUGCUUCUUGACAUCCAGCGCAAGCUCUUUGCAAAGUCGGAGCGCGUCAAGUCGCUCGAUUUUCACCCCACAGAGCCAUGGCUGCUCGCGGGUCUCUACUCGGGUUCCGUCAACAUCUGGAACUACGAGACAGGCGCCAUCGUCAAGACUUUCGAAGUCACCAACGUACCAGUACGAUGCGUCAAGUUCAUUGCGCGCAAGAACUGGUUCGUUGCCGGCUCGGACGACUUUCAGCUUCGCGCCUUCAACUACAACACACACGAAAAGGUCAUCAGCUUUGAGGCGCAUCCGGACUACAUCCGUUGUCUCGCUGUUCAUCCUACCGGCUCCUAUGUCAUCACUGGCUCUGACGACAUGACCAUCAAGAUGUGGGAUUGGGACAAGAACUGGCGUCUCAUGCAGACGUUCGAGGGUCACACUCACUACAUUAUGAACCUCUGCUUCAACCCCAAGGACUCCAACACAUUCGCCUCGUCUUCCUUGGAUCGAACCGUCAAAGUCUGGACUCUCGGCACCAGUGUCGCCAACUUCACGCUCGAUGCGCACGACAAGGGCGUCAACUACGUCGAGUACUUCCACGGCGGUGACAAGCCAUACAUGCUCACCGUCGGCGACGACCGCACCGUCAAGGUCUGGGAUUACCUUUCCAAAUCCUGCGUUCAAACUCUCACCGGCCACACAUCCAACGUCUCUUUUGCCGUCUUCCACCCUUCAUUGCCACUCAUCAUCUCCGGUUCCGAGGAUGGCACCGUCAAGCUCUGGCACUCCAACACCUACAGGCUCGAAUCGACGCUCGACUACGGUCUCGAACGAGUUUGGUGUGUGGCCUACAAGAGGAACGGCAACGAUGUCGCCAUCGGCUACGAUGAGGGUGCCGUGGUCAUCAAGCUCGGCAAGGAGGAGCCCAGCGUCAGCAUGGACGCAGCAGGCAAGGUCGUCUGGGCGCGAAACUCGGAAGUCCUCAGCGCCAACGUUGGCGCAACAGCAGAGGAGACGGUUCCUGAUGGACAGAGACUUCCCGUCACGGUGCGAGAGAUGGGCACCACCGAGGUAUACCCGCAGCUCUUGCAACACAGUCCUAACGGACGAUUCGUCACGGUCUGCGGUGACGGAGAAUAUAUCAUCUACACAGCGCUCGCAUGGAGGAACAAGGCAUUCGGCUCCGGUCUCGGCUUUGCCUGGGCAGGCGACAGCAACACGUACGCCGUCCAGGAGGGCGGGUCCAAGCUCAAGGUCUUCCGCAACUUUAAGGAGCGCCCGGGUCUGAUCACGUUGGCGUACAACAUCGAGGCGGUGGCAGGCGGUGCUUUGCUCGCUGUGCUCGGCAGUGGCUUUGUCUGCUUCUACGACUGGGAGACGGGCGCGUUGGUUCGUCGUGUGGAUGUCGAGGCCAAGGCGGUCCACUGGUCCACCACCGGCGAGCUCGUUGCUGUGGUUUGCGACGACUCGUUCUACAUUCUUCGAUUCGAUCGCGAGGCUUACGCUGCUCACCUCGACUCGGGCGCCGACGUCGAGGACGAGGGCGUCGAGACCGCCUUCGAGGUCGUCACAGAAGUGUCGGAAAGCGUCCGCACCGCCAAGUGGACGGGCGAAUGCUUCCUCUACACCAACUCGACCAACCGACUGCAAUACCUCGUCGGUGAGCAGACUCACACCAUCACACACUCGGACAACGAGAUUUUCCUGCUCGGCUACAUUCCUCAGCACGGUCGCGUCUACGUGGUCAACAAGGAUCUGGCCAUCUUCAGCUAUUCGCUCUCGCUAGCCUUGGUCGAGUACCAGACCGCCAUUCUGCGUGGUGACCUCGACGCUGCAGCGGAACUGCUCGAGCAGGUGCCAGCCGACCAGAGGAAUCGUGUCGCCCGCUUUUUGGAAACGCAAGACCUCAAGGAUCUGGCUUUGGAUGUGUCCACCGACCCAGAGCACCGCUUCGAUCUUGCGAUCUCCCUUGACAACUUCGACACUGCGCUCGAGAUCGCUCGCAGUGGUCCUCAAGUCGGGUCCGAGUCGCGCUGGCGCACCAUCGGCGACAAGGCUCUAGCAAGAUGGAACGUCGCUCUGGCCAAGGAAUGCUUCGAAAAGGCGCAGGACCUCUCGUCGAUGCUGCUGGUAGCCACGUCGACGAACGACCGCGAGCUGCUCACGCGUCUCGCCCAGCUGGCAACCGAAAAGGGAUCGACCAACGUCGCCUUUGCCGCCUACCUCUCGCUGUCCGAUGUGGACUCGUGCAUCGAAGUGCUCGAGAAGGCCGGCCGCCACUCGGAAGCCGCCCUGUUUGCGAGGACGUACGCGCCCAGCCGGGUGUCUGAGAUUGUCAGCAAGUGGAGGGGCGAGCUCGAGUCGACCAACAGGCAUAAGCAGAACGAGAUCGCGGCUAGCAUUGCGGAUCCAGCGAUGAACGAGGCGGCGUUCGAGGAGGGGUGGAAGAGCAGUUUGGCCAAGGAGAAGGAGGUCAGGGGCAAGGCGCCAAAGAAGGUGAAUGGCGUUGGUGCGGCCUGA